AUGUACGAUGAGCUUAGAUUCAAGUUUUUGGAUAUGCACAAUUAUCGGAGAGCUCAAUUGGCAUUGGGGAAUGUUGCCAAACGGAACGGUAACUAUCUACCUCAAUCUUCUGAUAUGCAAAGAAUGAGAUAUGAUUGUGCCUUGGAGAACGACGUCGCCGAGAAUUUGAGUUCAUGCCCAUCAAGCAAAUCCGCUGAAUCCUCGCGACCUAAUGUUGGCGAGAAUUUUAUCCGCAUUCCUGAAGAAGCUACGUAUUUGGCUGCAACUGAGAAGGCUGUUACAUCUUGGUGGAAAGUGAUACGUUCUGAAGAAGGUCCUGGUAUGCAAGUGUAUUUUAGGCAAAAGCAUGUGGGUACUCCGAUAGAAUCUUUUACACAGAUGGGAUGGUCCACAUCUCGCAAGCUUGGUUGUGCCGUUGCAAAAUGCGGCGGAGAGCAUGUCGCAGCUUGUCGAUAUUCUCCCAGAGGUAAUUAUGUGGAGCAAGUCAUCUACAAAAAAGGAACUCCUUGCACGGGUUGUGCAUCUGGUUCCUGGUGCACGGAAGAUGCACUUUGCACUCUAUCAUAA